UGUUUGAGCAUUCCCACAGGACUGCGAGCGAAAGAAGAAGCAAACGCGACGAUGAUGCCGAAAGCGUUUGUCAUCAUUUCACAACCGGAGCCACAUUGGGAAUCUUUGGUCCCACCCACAGUCACAUCUAGAGCUAGAAAUUUAUUUCUUUUGAUGGUGAAUAGAACCAUUCCAAGUCUUUAGCUGCUACUAACAAGAGAACGGAAAAUGGACCACAGCCACUCCCAGUACGACGGCUCUGCCGAAAGUAGUACCUACGAGGCCACGAUGGCGAGGAAAUCGACGUUUCGUCUGCCAGAUCCAAUUCAUUGGUCUCCCGAAAUGGCAUUCCGUGAUCAACCCUACAGACACUUGCACCAUCAAAAGGGUCUCAUGGGAAUAGUCCGAGUUCGUUUGUUGGAGGCGGCUGACCUGGAACGGUCGUAUUGGUCCGCCUUGGCCUUGGGACCUGUCAAACAUCUGGGCUUGUCGACCGCUCAUGGUCCCAUCAGUUCCUUUUGUACAUUUACCAUGGAAGCGGAAUCACACAACCAAGAAAACGAAGGUUUGACGGCACAGAAUAACGAAGAUGCCAAAAUGCCAGCCAAACCUUCAGCGAAUGCCAAAAUGAUGGAAAAGACGCUUUCUCAGCCUGUGGUAGCCAGUCCGGUGAUUCCGCAAGACAACAAUCCAGUCUGGAGUGACUUUCAUUUUGAAAUGCCAUUGCGAAAAGGUUCCUUUCGUGAAGAUGGGAUGCGCAUCAUGCUGUCCGUUCGAGUCGAUGAAGAUGCUCAUGUGGCGGAAAAACUCAUUCCCGGAAUUCCCAAAGGAGACGAUCGCUUGAUUGGAAGAGGCAAGGUGGAUAUCACGUCCCUGUGUCUGGGAGAAACUAUGUUUGGAGAAACACAAGUGGGUGUCUUGGAUGCAUGGGUUCCCGUCUACUACACGGUGGAUGAUCAGGAAGAAUUGGAAGGACAGCAACAACAACAUCAUCAACAACAGCAUCAUCACUUGCACAAUCAAUUUGCUCUAGCGCCACCAGCGGCUGCGGCUGCUACCGCCUCCAAACCGUCCAAAGAGGAUCCACUCAAAAACCCAACACCGUCCAAAAAGACACCCACCAGAAAACAAGUUGGAAAGGUCCGUCUGCUGAUUACGUAUCGACCCAAUGGAAUGGAACCCCAGCACAAUGAUGUAGUCGCAUUGGAAUCAUAUGCCAGACGCCCACCGAAACGAUCCACUUGCUACCCCAUAUUACCACCCCUCAUGCCCAUGAUUGUUCGAGAAGUCAAAGAUCCGUAUCUGUUGGUCGAGUACUCCUUGCCCGUGGCAAACAUCACAUCCAGUCGUCAGGGUGGCGACAACAAUCACAACCAGCACAUGGGAGAAGAGUUACGUCGCGACAACAAAGCAUGCAUGCGAAUCCACCGAAACUCCGUCUUUGUCAUUGAACGCAAGAACUUUGUCGAUGCGACCGUGGGAUUGGCGCUCAUGCCCGCCGAUGCCAUUAUGAGCACUCCCCUGGGACAAACCGGUGCCCAAGUCCUGGGACCCAUUUUGAAUGCGGGACGCGAACUUCUCAUGCCCGCCACACUGUCCUUCAAACUCGCAUUCAUGGCUCUACGGACUACGACCAUGGUAUCUUUAUCGGGAGUGCAGGCGGCGGGUGGUGCCAUCAUCCAUCAAGCGGCAUCGCCCUGGGCCAAUCAGAGCGAGGAAUCUCAGUACGAACAAGAACGAAACCGUGCCAGAGCAAAACUGGCGCACUUAUAGAUAGUAAUGAUAGAAUGAAUGAAUACAGCAGGAUGCUUCAUGGCAAC